AUACCGUUGGCACCUUGUGAUCUAAUAUCCCACCGUACCCGGGAAUAAGGCUGCCGAUCUCGCCACAUUUGGGGCGCAAACCUCGUUUUUGACCAAACGCGACGCGCGUUGCUUCUGCAACUUACCCCAGAAUCAGGACUGCCGCCAUGUCCCUCCCUCCUCCAGCAUGGGACAUCUCGAAGGACAGGCAUUGCUGCUCUCACAAUCGCCUACAUGGAUCGACAAGCUGGCCAGCUGGGCGCAGUCGGGGUGGCCUCACGCGGCGAUAGCUCUCACAGCGGCGGUCUGGGCGGCUGCUUCACGCCUCGCUCAACCGGCUGCGCAGCCUCGCCCGAGGACUCUGCUCAUAGUAUGGAAAUACGAACUGCCCAUCCAGCUCACCAGGAUCGCCCCGAUAGCGCUGCUCGCCGUCUCACACGCGUAUCGCGACGUCGCCAUCCUUGCGUACGGCCUCACGCUCGGUCUCGCGAGACACGCGAGCAGCCCGACACGGAGACGCUCCACCCUCCGCCAGGUCAACUUUGUCUACACAGCUGUGUUCUGUCUGCAUCUGGCAGCGCGAUAUCUCUCUUGUCUGCGUCAGGGCACGCACUGCCACCACAGCCCCGUGGUCACGGCGGCAACCGUUUUCCUGGCCCUCCAUGUCGCCCUCCUCGUCGUGACGCCGCAACGUCUCAGCGGUAGUCCGUCGCCCGAAGAGGAGUGUAGCUUGCUGGGGUCCUGUACGUAUGCAUGGCUGGACCCCGUUAUAUGGAAAGGCGUGACCAAGAGGUUGGACAUGUCUGGCAUGCCCGCCCUGCCCUGGUACAAUGACCCCCAACUCCUGUUCCGCCGGCUACAGAGCGCUCGUAGUGUCUCCCGAAACACUUUUCGCACAAUCCUGCGCUUCCAGGGCCGGCACAUUAUGCUCAUGGCCGCAUGGUGCAUGGCCGCCCAGUGCUUUGACAAUGUCGCUCCUUUUAGCAUGUUCAAGCUCCUAGAGUACCUGGCAGAACCUGACGCUGCCGUCUACAGACCAGGCGUGUGGCUCGCUCUCGUAUUUCUCGGCCCCGUGGCCAGGUCACUCUGCCACCAGCAGUACAUAUUCAACUCGACGCGUCUCGUCGUCCGCGUCAAGUCCGCCAUGACGCAGGAACUGUACAGCGUCGCUCUCUCCUCGAUGCAAGCUGACACCUCGAGUGGGCGGCUUCUCACCCUCAUGGCGGCGGACAUUGAUGGCUUUCUGCGGGCGCGCAGCGCGGUGAUGGCACUGGCUGGGAUAUCCACAGGAACUCUCAUUGCGUUUUUCGGCAUGUAUCGAAUGUUUGGCUGGCCGUCGCUCGUCGGCAUGGCGAUUCUGCUCCUGGCCAUUCCCGUUUCCGUGUGGCUUGGCCGCCAUAUCUUCAAGCGGCAGAGGCUGGCGAGAAAGGCCCAGGACUCGCGAAUAUCAUUGAUAGCAGAGUAUCUGUCUUCGAUCCGUGUCGUCAAGUACUUUGCCUGGGAGGAAUAUGUCAGUGCCCAGGUUGGCGCACGUCGCGCUGACGAGCAGAAGGAUCUUUGGCGCGUGUCGGUUCUUCAAGCCCUCGCCAACCAGAUUACCCAAAUCUUCCCCUUCUUGGCGCUGCUGAUCAUGUUUGGCUUGCACGUCGGCCUCCAGAAGAAGCCACUGACCGCUUCGAUUGCCUUCACCACUUUGUACCUGGUGAGAAACCUGCGCAGGAACAUUUUGCAGGCGAGCCAAGUCGCUAGAAAUGUUGCUGGGGCUCUUGUCUCCUUGGAACGCCUGGACGAGUACUUUGACACGGCAGUCCUCAAACCGAAGCUCCCGCAAGGACCCCUUCGGAUGCAGAAUGCCACGGUUCGUCGGCAUGAGCUGGAUCCCGGACUGAAGGAUGUGUCUAUCGACUUUGUUGAGGGGGGCCUGAACGUGAUCUCUGGAAACAGUGGAAGUGGUAAGACGACACUUUUGCUAUCCAUCUUGGGCGAGAUCCAGCUCAUGGAGGGCUCCAUAAACGCCCCUGAAGAUAUUGCCUAUGCUCCGCAGACAAGCUGGCUCCAGAAUCUGUCCAUCAAAGCCAACAUUGUCUUCGGUGUCGAAUCCGACCAGCUAUGGUACAACCGCAUUGUCGACGCAUGCCGCCUUCGGACGGACCUUGCUGGUUUGCCAGAGGGGGAAGAUACCCAUGUUGGCGAGAAUGGCGCUUCAUUAUCGGGUGGACAAAAGGCACGCGUAGCCCUGGCGCGAGCCCUGUAUUCCCGGGCACCUCUCCUCCUGCUGGACGACAUCUUCUCAGCACUCGAUGCCAAGACGGCAGCCGGUAUUUGGGAAGACUGUUUUUGUAGCAGGCUUUUGCAAGGCAAGACUGUAGUUUUGGUAACUCAACUGCCGUGGAUUGCCUCCCAGGCUGAUCUGAACAUCAUCCUUGAUGGCGGAAAGAUCCAAAAGACCGAGGCUCACCUUGGCGUAGUGCGCCGACCUAUACAUGCCCAGGUGGCCGAGCAGGUUGUACAAAGAGAACGGAAAGAUGUGGAUGGACCGAAUAUCGCGGCGAGAGAGACACAGAGUGCUCUGGUCGAUCAGGAAACCAAAGCAUCCGGGCACAUGGGUCGCCUGACAUUCCUUCACUAUAUGCGUUACUUUGGACAUCCGCUGUUUACCGUGGUCUGCCUGGCAUGUCUUGCCGGUUGUGGAUUACUGACGUUUGUCAGCGCGUACUGGCUGUCGAUCUGGGUCGAGGCGUAUCAACAUCAGGGCCAUGUCAAUGCGGCAUACUACCUGGGCAUCUACGCCGCCUUGACAGUGUCGGAAAUUGCGCUCUUUGCCUCGCUGAUCAUUCUGUUCGAAUGGGGCGGUUGGCGCGCAGCGCGUAUGCUGCACAGCGAGUUCAUCGCGGCCGUCACGCGCGUCUCCCUGUCCUGGUACAGGGCCAUACCUGUCGGACGGGUGACGAAUCGGUUCGCAGGCGACAUGGCAUCGAUCGACAACUCUCUCAGUAGUGUGCUGCGCCUCAGCCUCGAAUCACUGAGCCAAUUGUUCUUCCGCCUCGCCGCCGUCAGCUCCAUCAUGCCCAUCUUCAUGUUGCCAGCGCUAUGCACAUCGCUAUGCGGCAUCGUGGUGGCGGAAAUGUAUACGCGGACAGCGGUCAUCGUCAAGCGUCUCACUUCAUCCUCGCAAAGCCCCGUCUUCUCACAAUUUGCCGAUACACUGGCCGGCAUGUCGGUGAUCCGCGCCCGAGCUGGCAUGGCGCGGUCGUUCCAGGAGGCCCUUGCGCAGAAGAUGAGCAUCUACUCUCGUGCUUUCGAGACCAGCCUUGACUGUAACCGCUGGGUGGCCGUGCGUGUGGAUUUCAUCACGAGUCUCGUGGUCUUGCUUGCCGGUAUUAUCGCUAUUUCGAAAGCCGGUGUGAUCGGAGCCGGGCUUGUGGGGUUCUCGCUCUCCAAUGCCAACGACUUGAGUACGACCAUCUUGGUCCUCGUGCGAAGCCUUAAUGAUCUGGAGGUCGAGAUGCAGAGCUUCCAUCGUGUCAGAGAGUACGUGAAACUAGCCCCCGAGGAUCAGAACGACAAGCCCUAUCCAGAAGAAGGGUUAUACAGUGACGGCCCGUGCAUACCAAGGGACUGGCCGUCAUCCGGUGAGGUCGAGUUUCGCAAUGUAACAGUGCGUUACCGCGAGGACGGGCCAGAUAUUCUGAAGGAUGUGAACCUCAAAUUCCGGCCUGGGGAGCGUGUCGCGAUCGUCGGGCGGACAGGUUCGGGCAAGAGUACGCUUGUGCUCUCGCUUCUUCGGUUCACACAUGUUGUGUCCGGCCAGAUUCUCUACGACGGGCUUGACAUCACCAAGGUGCCUCGACAGCGUCUCCGCAAAGCUCUCACCGUCAUCCCGCAAGAAGCGGUCCUCUUCACUGGGACGGUAGGUUCAAACAUGGAUCCUUCGGGGCAGACGUCUCCCGAUGCUCUGCAGCGAGUGCUGGACUACUGCCAUUCCGUCGCCUCCUUCGACGAUGCGGAGGCCGAAAGUGCCAUCCAACUGGACACCGUUGUCCAGGCCGGGGGCGAGAACUUUUCACACGGCCAGAGGCAGGUUUUGUCUCUGUGCCGUGCCAUAUUGCGCCACAAUCGACUGAUGCUGUUUGACGAGGCCACGGCCAAUAUGGACUACGUGACGGACGAGGGCAUACAGCAGAUCUUGCGCGCGGAGCUGGACAAGGAAGGUGAACGUACGCUGGUGACCGUGGCGCAUCGUCUACGUACAGUAAUAGACUACGAUCAGGUGGUCGUGAUGGGUGCAGGGCGUGUCGUCGAGGUGGGAAGCCCUCGGGAGCUUUUGGCGGCAAAGGGGCCGUUCCACGAGAUGAUUCAGCACAGCGGGGAGGGGCACGUGCUGGAGGAUGCUUAAGCGUAUUACUUGUGCCUGUUACAAGUGCCAUCACGAUGUCCCUCGCCGAACUUCGCAACAACAUCGCCAAUCACCAAUGCCGUCAGCCCCUGUGUGGCUCAUAAGGCUCAAUCCUGAUAGACAAAGCUGGUUGUGUAUGUGUCAGGCUAUGCUAUGUUAGUAUUGAAUCGUGAUCGCCGCAAGUUUGAUCGAAUCCAAACAUCGCGACUCCCAUUUGGUGGUCCUAACUUGUGGAUCGAGAUGAAAAUGACUCGCUCUUGAAACUUGAGGAAGAACAAUGCCGCACUGUAUCAUUUGACAAGGGAUCAAUACUUGAAUCAAUGCAAGAGCCAAUGCUUU